AUGGAUUAUUAUUAUUCGUAUUAUAAAAAUGAAAUUUUGAAAUAUCAUGAUAAAAUAAUUUCUAAAAUUAAAGACAAAAUUAAAAAUAAUGAAUAUACAAAGGGAAAAACUAAAUCACAACUUAAACAGUUGAAAGAUUUCAAAAAUAAAGUAUUAACAGAAGAAGAUAUUGAUGAAUUAUAUAAAUUAUAUAAUCCUGAGCCGCAAAAGCCAAAGGAACAAAAACAAAAGAAGAAAAAGCCGAAAACAACACCAAAAGAGAAAGUAGCAAAUGUUCAACAGCUAAAGGUGCAAAACGCCCAGGUCCUUCAGACCAUAAAUGAAGCACAAGCUUUAAUUUAUGAUUCAUUAGUUAAACCAUAUUCAGCCCGACUUUUAAAUGAAGAUCAACUUUUGGAAUUCAUCCUUCAACAUAAACUCGAAGCGGGAAAGUAUAUCAAACCUUUAUAUACAACAUAUUUAAAACAAAUGAAUAGAAUACAUCCAGAAUUAAUGAAGGAAUGA